AUGGUUGCGGGGGUAUUCGGGGCAUUCUCCUGGCGCUAUGUGUCAAGCAUAUUCAAACUGGGUGCUUCACAAACAAUAAUUGCAUGUAUCGUCUUAUUUGAGAUCGUUCCUCUCUAUGGUCUCUUGGGGUUUAUCCCGGCAAUCAAGGAUUUGGGGUACCUUGGCCUCCAGCAACCCUGGGAGAUGUUUCCCUUGGGUAUUGUUUACGGCCUUGUUAUGGGUGGCUUGUCGUCAUAUUGUCGAAGCUUUUUUGGAGAGCUCAUCCCCCCCGGCUACGAAACGGCGUUCUUUGCCCUUUAUGCUAUCACGGACAAGGGCUCGAGUGUUUUCGGGCCCGCUAUCGUGGGAAUAAUCACGGACCGUUACGGUGAGAUCCGGCCAGCAUUUGCCUUUCUUGCCGUGUUGAUACUGCUUCCACUGCCGCUAAUGCUUCUCGUUGACGUCAAUCGAGGUAAACGGGAUGCCUACGCGCUUGCGGUUGAACUGGCGGGCCACUCCACACGGGACACACCUUGCUAUGGCACAAUUCCACAAGACCAACCAGACAAUGAAGAAGAGGCUGUGGCCCAUACCGAGGAUUGA